AUGAAAGAGUUUGCACAGAAGACCACAUUUAUGGCUCUGGCCCUACAGGCUUUACCCACACAACAACUGUGUGACACAGCUGAGGCUUCCACAUGGGGCAGAGGGUUGUACAAAACCUUUGACAAUCGUAUGUUCACUUUCGAGUCCUUGUGCAACUACACUUUCUGUCGUCAUUGUAUUGAGUCGGGAAGAGAGUUCAAUAUUGAAAUGAGUCGGGAUGCAGAAGGAAAGAUUGAUCGACUUUCAGUCCUGCUAGAUGGCAAUGACAUCACAGUGAAAGAUGGCAAGAUUUUUGUCAAUGCAAUAAAAGUACAAGUGCCAUAUGACAAUAAAAUGCUCCGUAUUAAGAGAUAUGGGCUCUCCUUCAAGCUGGUAAGCCGCAGAGGUAUUCUAACAUUGCUAUGGAACAAUGAAGAUAAAUUAUCGCUCAUUCUCCAUAAAAAGUAUGAUACCUGUGGUCUUUGUGGAGACAGCCACACAAUCAUAGACACUAUUGAGUAUUCUGCUAAGAAAUUCUUACAAAAAAAGCACUGUGUAUUUCUUUCUGUUUCUUUUAAAGGCACAAAUAUAACAAACCUUAUUGCAGACAGCAAAGUCCUAGACAACACUUGUCCAGAACCUUCUGUUGAACAGCUUCUGCACUGUGCUGAAGGACAAAUGUAUUGCCAAAAUAUAAUUACAAAAUACUUCAGACCAUGUAAGACUGUUGGCAACCUGUACAGUGAGUAUGAAAGGAUAUGCACUGAAGAAUACUGCAGAACUGGGAACAGAAGGGACGUGUGCCCCACAUUUUUUGAAUUAGCCAGGGAAUGUUCAUCUGAAGGUUCUGGUCCUUAUGAAAGUUGGAGAAAUGAUCAAGAUGUAGUUUGUGCUACACCGGCAUGCCCACAAUCUGAAAUUUACCAAGACUGUUUUCCUCCCAACAAACCGACAUGUUCUUAUAUGUCCCCUUACCAAGAUGGCGGAUGUGUGAGUGGUUGUGCAUGUCCAGAAGGUUAUGUGCUUGAUGAUAUUGGAGGCAGUGGUGAAUGCAUUGCAAAGAGAAAUUGUGCCUGUAAAUUUAAUGGAAAAGUAUACAGUCCUGGAGAAGUGAGGAAAGGCACUUGUAACUCACAAUGCACUUGUCAUGAUGCAAGAUGGGAAUGCACUGAAUCUUUGUGUCCAGGAAGAUGCGAAGUGGAAGGCUCUUUCAUCACAACUUUUGAUGGCAGCUUUUACAGCUUCGCUGGAGAUUGUCACUUCAUGGCUAUCCAGGACAAAGAUUGGUCUCUGAGUGUAGAAAUCCGUCCAUGUUUCAAUGGUCCAGCUGAAACAUGUCUGAAAAGUGUGACUUUGUCUCUCGGGCCGCCUGUUUCAGCAGACAAAUACAUAUUCCAUAGCAAUGGCAGCUUCUUCAAUGCCCAGAUACAUCAUAACGAUUAUUAUGCUUCAGAUACAAUCAACAUCUUCAGACAGUCUUCAUCCUACAUUGGAGUAAGCACAUUCUAUGGACUACAUUUACUGAUCCAGUAUGUCCCAGUUAUGCAGUUUUAUGCCUCACUGCCGGCAAAGCAGUUUACUAAUACACAAGGGCUCUGUGGUUCAUUCAACAACAUAGCAGAGGAUGAUUUUCUAUCCAGCCAGAACAUCCUGGAAGUGACCUCUGAGGCAUUUGCAAGUUCCUGGGAAAUGAUGACAUGCCCCAAAGCCAGGCACCCUUCAUGCACCAGCAUAGAAAAAGAAAGAUUUGCAAAAGAAAACUGUGGAUUGCUCAUUGAUCCCAAUGGAGUGUUUGCUUCUGGCCAUUUCACAGUAGACCACAGGUCUUACUAUGAGAGAUGUCUGAUAUCAACCUGUGUAUGUGAAAACGUCGAGGAUUGCUUGUGCACUGCACUGGGAAACUAUGUCAAGGCAUGUGCUAAACAUGGAAUAUACAUAACUGACUGGAGAAAGGGAAUUUGUGAGGAAGUAUGUAAAGAAGGAAUGGUCUUCCAGUAUAAUGCAAAAGCCUGCAACACCUCUUGCCGUUCCCUUUCAGAGAGGGAUUUGAGCUGUGAUGUAGAAAAUAUCCCUGUAGAUGGAUGUAUUUGCCCUAAGGACCGAUAUUUAAAUAGCAAAGGGGAAUGUGUUGAGCAGGAUGUAUGUGAUUGUUACAUGGAUAAUCAGGUGCUGACAUCAGGUCAAAGUAUUCAGUUGGGUAAUUACAUGUGUGUUUGUAGAAGAGGGCAAAUUCUUUGCCAUGAUCCUUUUGACCUCAGCCCUGUCACCUGUACAGGUGGAGCCGAAUUUGUCAGUUGUUCUGACCCAAACGCAAAGAAAAGAAUUGACAGAACAUGCAGUGCUCUGAAGAUGCCUCAGAUCUCUAUGGACUUGCCCUGCAAGCGUGGAUGUUUUUGCCCAUUAGGCAAGGUUCGAAACUCCAAUGGGGUGUGCAUUCCGGCAGUACAUUGCCCAUGUUCCUACAGCGGUCGGACAUAUAAACAAGGGAGCUCAAUAAAAGUGGAAUGUAACACUUGCAAGUGUGUACAAGGAUCAUGGAAGUGUACAGAAAAUAAAUGCCAGAGUACUUGCCACAUCUAUGGAGAUGGUCAAAUCCAAACAUUUGAUGGGAAGUGGUACAGCUAUGAUGGACUUUGUCAGUAUGUACUUGCUGAAGAUUAUUGUGGUAAAGAAGAUGGGUCAUUCCAAAUCCUUACAGAAAGUGUCCCAUGUUGUGAUGAUGGAGUUACAUGUUCAAGGAAAAUCACAGUGAUUCUACAGAAUGCCAGCCUUGUCCUAGAAGAUGGAAAAGUCAUGUUUAUUAAAGAUGCUGGAAGUACACAAUGUGAAAGAGAUGAACAACCCUACACUGUACACACUGUUGGACUGUAUUUGAUUAUCAAAUUUUUGCAUGGAUUAAUUUUGAUUUGGGACAAAAAUACAAGAAUAACUCUUAUAAAAGAGCCAAACUGGAGUAGUAAUGUAUGUGGCCUUUGUGGAAAUCAUAAUGGAAAUCUUCAGGAUGAAUUUACUACCAGGCAAGGUUCUCUGGCAGCCGGGCCAUUGGAAUUUGGCAACAGCUGGAAGACUGGCCCUGAAUGUUCAGAUACAGUAGUAGAGUCUUUUCCAUGUGAUGCAAAUGCAUACUGCAGAGACUGGGCUGUGAGAAAAUGUGAAAUAAUUAGAGACUAUCGAUUCAGGGCCUGCCACAACCGGGUGGACCCCACUCCGUAUCACAAGGCUUGCAUUGAGGAAGCUUGUGCAUGCACCAUGGAAGGGAAAUAUCUUGGAUUCUGUACCGCUGUAGCAAUGUAUGCAGAAGCAUGCUCAGCAGUUGGGGUCUGUGUAUCCUGGCGCACUCCAGACCUUUGCCCUGUCUACUGUGAUUACUACAAUGCACCUGGGCAGUGCAGUUGGCAUUAUGAGCCUUGUGGGACUGUGACAGCCAAAACGUGUAAGGAUCAAGUGAUCGGCAGGACUCUGCCAUCUGUUUUGGAGGGUUGCUAUGCAAAGUGUCCCAAGAAAACCCCCUAUCUAGAUGAAAACACCAUGAAAUGUGUCCGCUUGAAAGACUGCAGUUGCUACUACAAUGAUGUAAUCAUUGCUGGACAAAGCAUUUAUGAUGACUGUGGAAGACUCUGUGUUUGCAAAGCUGGAAAGUUGGUUUGCUCUCCUUUCCCAGUUCCAGAAUUCAGUGUGACACCAACUUUGAAAAAGACAGAAACGACAAACACCACCAAAGGGCCAGUUUCCACCAAUAUUGUACUAACUACAGGAAAAGAGUUUCAACAAGACACUACUGGUUUGCCAGGUGUCACUCAAGUUACAAGGGCUGGGUGGAAUAAGAGUAGCACUGGAAGUACCAGUGAAAGUGCUAGAGUGAGAGGAUCAACUGAAGCUGUGAGGCAUACCAGUACAGAAACAGCUGGAUUCCCUGAGCCUUACACACACAGUGCACACACAGAGCAUACAGGAAUUGGAAGCACAACUGAAGGCAUGGAGAGUGUCACUACAGAACACGUUGCAUCUACCAAGCGCUAUACUGGAAUCCCCGUGAGGACCCCUCCAGCUUUCGGGAGCAGGACUGGUGUCACGAGCAGAGUCACUGAACGUGUAGGCGUUGGAAGCUCAACGGAAGGAAUGGAGACUGUUAGUAUGGAAGGAUUUGGAUCCACCAAGCGCUACACUGAAAUCCCUCCUAGGACCCCACCAACUUUUGGGAGCUGGACUGGUGUCACGAGCAGAGUCACUGAACGUGUAGGCGUUGGAAGCUCAACGGAAAGAAUGGAGACUGUUAGUAUGGAAGGAUUUGGAUCCACCAAGCGCUACACUGGAAUCCCUCCUAGGACCCCUCCAGCUUUCGGGAGCAGGACUGUUUUCGGGAGCAGGACUGGUGUCACGAGCAGAGUCACUGAACGUGUAGGCGUUGGAAGCUCAACGGAAGGAAUGGAGACUGUUAGUAUGGAAGGAUUUGAAUCCACCAAGCGCUACACUGGAAUCCCUCCUAGGACCCCACCAACUUUUGGGAGCUGGACUGGUGUCACGAGCAGUGUCACUGAACGUGUAGGCGCUGGAAGCUCAACGGAAGGAAUGGAGACUGUUAGUAUGAAAGGAUUUGGAUCCACCAAGCGCUUCACUGAAAUCCCCCCGAGGACCCUUCCAGUUUUCGGGAGCAGGACUGGUGUCACGAGCAGAGUCACUGAACGUGUAGGGGCUGGAAGCUCAACGGAAGGAAUGGAGACUGUUACUAUGGAAGGAUUUGGAUCCACCAAAGGCUACACUGAAAUCCCCCCGAGGACCCCUCCAGCUUUUGGGAGCUGGACUGGUGUCACGAGCAGAGUCACUGAACGUGUAGGCGUUGGAAGCUCAACGGAAGGAAUGGAGACUGUUAGUAUGGAAGGACUUGGAUCCACCAAGCGCUUCACUGAAAUCCCCCCGAGGACCUUUCCAGUUUUCGGGAGCUGGACUGGUGUCACAAGCAGAGUCACUGAACGUGUAGGUGUUGGAAGCUCAACAGAAGGAAUGGAGACUGUUAGUAUGGAAGGAUUUGAAUCCACCAAGCGCUACACUGGAAUCCCUCCUAGGACCCCACCAACUUUUGGGAGCUGGACUGGUGUCACGAGCAGAGUCACUGAACGUGUAGGCGCUGGAAGCUCAACGGAAGGAAUGGAGACUGUUAGUAUGGAAGGAUUUGGAUCCACCAAAGGCUACACUGAAAUCCCCCCGAGGACCCCUCCAGCUUUUGGGAGCAGGAGUGGUGUCACAAGCAGAGUCACUGAACGUGUAGGCGUUGGAAGCUCAACGGAAGGAAUGGAGACUGUUAGUAUGGAAGGACUUGGAUCCACCAAGCGCUUCACUGAAAUCCCCCCGAGGACCCUUCCAGUUUUCGGGAGCUGGACUGGUGUCACGAGCAGAGUCACUGAACGUGUAGGCGUUGGAAGCUCAACGGAAAGAAUGGAAACUGUUAGUAUGGAAGGAUUUGGAUCCACCAAGCGCUACACUGGAAGCGCUGGAAUCUCAAUGGAAGUAUUGGAGAGUAUCACUGGAUAUGCCAAGAGAAGUACUGGAAGCACUGAGAUGCCCAUUGUAGGUAUUACUUCAAUCAGUGGUGCCACCGAAAGCACAGAAAAUCUUACUGAAAGCCAGAGUUGGCCUGUUAAAGCCAUCUACAGUACCGGUGUUGUUGAGAGAGGAAGCAGCACAGCCUGGCCUGGCAGUACUGGAGUUAGCACGAAGAGUACUAGAACAACUGUCACUGAAUUCACAGAAGGUGUUCAAGAGGGCUUUUCUACAACUACCAACACCACUAUUGGAGAAAGACCUGCAGAGUGUCCUACAGUACCAGAACCAACCUCAUGUCGGUUCAGAAAUAAAUAUUACAAGAUUGGUGAAAUGUUCGAGGAUCCUCAGAACCCGUGCCUCCGGUACUCCUGCAGUGAAGAAGGCUUUACAACACAAGUGCUGGAAUGCUGGGGGCAGAAGUGGUGUGGCAAAGAACACAGAAUAUAUCACGCGAACAAAUGCUGCUAUGAUUGUAUAAAUGAAUGUAGUCCAGUUCCUGUGAAAAUGGAAGUCAGUGCCAAAGGAUGUAAAGGUUAUAUCUUGAUGGCAAGGUGUACUGGUGAAUGCAAAAACGUAAUCUCGUUUAGCGAGGUUGAUCAUAAAAUGAUAGACACAUGCUUCUGCUGCAAGGCAAGAGAUCACAUCUACAAAAAUGCUUCCAUUCCCUGCCCUGGAGGAAGAUUAGAAACAUAUCGCUAUAAGCACACUGUUGCCUGCCACUGCCAGGCUUGUCAAGGGUCCUAAUGGAAUCUUUUUUGAAAUUGCUUCUCCAGCCUCUUUAAGGACAUCUUUUCAAAUGUGACUUUGAGAAUUGUCUGGGUUUCCACUGCUGAUUUAAGUCAUCAUCAUCAAGACAAUCCAUAAUGCAUUUUCGCAAUUCACAAAUCAAACAUGCAAAUAAAUACUG